GCGCUGCCGUUCCCCGUUAUUCGCCAACGCUUCCCUCCACCCGCCCCCUCCCCAAGCUGAGCUGUGCUGCCGCUGCUUUCGCCUUCACUAAUCAUCAUCGCCUCCUCCUCCUCCUUCUCCUCUUCCCCACCACCUUCCUCCCCACACACACACAACCUCGCGCGCGCGCGGCGAGAACGAGAAGCAUCCAGGGCGGCGCGGAGGCGGAGGCGGAGGCGGAGGUGGAGGGGGGGGGGGGGGGGAAGCCGGGAUGGCGGCGGCGGCGUGGGGCGGCACGACGCAGAAGUGCGACUCGUGCGGGAGGACGGUCUACCCCGUCGAGGAGCUCGCCGCCGACGGCCGCGUCUACCACCGCCCGUGCUUCCGCUGCACCCACUGCAAGGCCACCCUCCAGUUUAGUAACUAUUCUUCUGUCGAAGGUGUCCUAUAUUGCAAACCUCACUAUGACCAGAUAUUGAAAUCAACCGGCAGUUUGGAGAAAAGUUUUGAAGGGACAUCAAAAUCAGCUAAAGCAGAAAAAUCGAAUGGAAACAAGGGGCAACCGAACAGAUUCUCUAGCAUGUUUGUUGGCACACAAGACAAGUGCGUAGUUUGUAACAAGACUGUGUACCCUCUUGAAAAGGUUAAUCUUAACGGGAGCUCAUAUCAUAAAUCAUGCUUCCGUUGCACCCAUGGAGGCUGUACUCUUAGCCCAUCCAACAAUGUCACACAUGAAGGCAAACUUUAUUGCAAGACCCAUCACUCUCAAUUAUUUAUGGUUAAGGGAAACUUCAGCAAUUUUGAGGAUAGUACUCCAAAUGCAAAAGUGGAUAUCGAGAAGCAACCAGAACAUGAAGAUGCUACCAAGAAUCCAGGAGGCCCAGGUCAAGGUGAUGGGCUCACUGAGAAACCUUUAGAAAGUGAACUCACUCCUGAGAAACCGUCACAAGACGAUAUUGUGGCUGAAAAGCAAUCACAAAGUAGCGUUGAUGUCCCAAAACAAUCAGAAAGCAGCACAACAGUUCAGAGGUCAGAAGAAGGGGAAAGGGUUACCAAGGGUGAGUCAAAUAGUCAUGUAGUCAGCAAGAAGCCAUUGGAAAGCAGUGUAGAAAAGCCAUUCCAGAGCAGUGCAGUUAACUUACAGCCAUCAGGAAGUAGUGCAGCCGUAAGAAAACCAUGGCAGCGCAAUCUUCCCACAGAUAAGCCAUUGCUGAGUAACACAACCACUGAAAAGUCAACUCCAAGCAGUGCUGCCAUUGAGGAAUCAUUGCCAAGUAAUGGGGUUGAUGCAAAACAGCCAGAAAGCAGCACUGCCAGCACAGUGGUAAAAAGGCCAUGGCAACGGAGGGUAGCUACGGAGAAUCUACCGCAGAGCAUUUCGCCAUCAGAUAAGCCAUCAUCAACCAGUGCAGAUGAUGUGAAGCCAUCAGAAAACAGCAAAUUGAUCAGAAAACCAUGGCAACGUGCUGUGGCUGCUGAGGCGCAGAUACAGAACAGUGGACCAACUGAGAAGUCAUCAUUGACAAAUGAUACAAAGCCAUCAGAAAGCACCACAUCAAUUAAAAGGCCAUGGGAGCACAAAGUGGUCAAUGAGAAGCCACUGCAGAACAAUAUAGACACGGAGAAGCCACUGCAGAACAAUACAGACACUGAGAAGUCAUCUAGCAGUGCUAUCGAUGUGAAGCUGGCAGAAACCAGUACAACACCCACUGUGCCACAGGAACACAGUGGAAUCACGGAGAAACCUUCACAGACCAGUGCAGAUGAUGUAAAGCCAUCAGAGAGCACUGCAGCAGUGGUUAAAAAGCAAUGGCAACGUAACAUCGGAUUCCAGAAACAGCCCCAGAGCAGUGUAACUGAUGCAAAGACACCUGAAAGCAGGGGAAUGGGCAAAAGAUUGUGGCAGCGCAAUGUUCCAACUGAAAAGCAAUCGCAAAGCGGUGCGUCGGUUGUGACACCAUCACAAGUUAGUGUGGCUAGCACCAACCCGCUCCAAAGCAGCGUGGUUGUGAAAAAGCCAUGGCAAAGAAGCGUGUCUAGAGAAAAAGAGCCAGAGAAGGAUAUAUCUAGCAACAAACCGUUACAAAACCGUGUACUUGCUGAAGAAGCAGAGAAAACCAAUGUGACUGCUGAUAACAAAUCACAGAUCAUUCAAGAUAAAAAGAACAAUGGUGCUACCACAGAGAAUUCAUCACAAAUAAGUGAAAGUGCCAAAAAACUACCACUUACUGCAAAUAAAUCGCAAGCUGAUACUUCCACAGAAAAAUUGUCAGAAAGUGACAUACUUGCUGUAGCAUCAUCUCAGAUCACUGAACCAUCUAAGAAGCCAUCAGAAAACACUGCUGAAAAUGAGAAGCCAUCACAGACUGAUAUUGCUACUGACGAGCUACCCCUGACCCAAAGUGUAGAAGCCAUGUCAGAACCAUCUCCAAGUGAUGCAGCUCAUCAGGAAAUCUCCGAGAGGGAGAUACUGACAGAUAAAUUACCAGAAAGUACCAUGGCUGUUGAGAAGCUAUCUCAAACUGCUACUCUAACCGAAAAGCCAUCUAAAGAAGAUGCUGCAGAGAAGCUACCGCAAACCAAUGAACCUUCUGAGCAGCCACACGAGAGUGAAGAGACUGCUGAGAAGCCACUUCAAAAUGAAGCUAAUGCUGAAAGCACAACAAAACAAAGUGAUCUCAGUCUUGAGAAGCCACCUCAGGUUGAUGCCAAUGUUGGGAAUCCUACCGAGCCUGAAAGUGAUGCCACUUCUGGUGUGAACUCAUCAGAUGCUCAAAUCAGGCCAACUGCUGAGCAGUUAGUAGGACCUCAAGGCAUUGUAUCUGCCGAGAAGACAUCUGACCAGAUAUUAGAAGCUAACACCGAUCCAGCUGCUGACCAGUCAUCAGAGUCCCAAGAUGUUGCACCUGCUAAAGUUGCAACGGAGCAACCAUUAGAAAAUCAAAAGGCUGCAGCUUCAGAGCAGCCAUUGGAACCUCAACACGAAGCAUAUGAAGAGAAUCCACAAGAGCAUAAUAGUGAUGCAACUGCCAAGGAGUCAUCAGAACCUGAAAGAGAUACUGCUUCUGAUCAGUUGGCUGAGCAGCCAUCAGAAUCUCGAACUGCAGGUGAGAAGGCAACACUGCGUGAAAGUGAUGUGGUUACCGAGGAUCCAGCAGAACCUCAAAUUGAUGCAGCUGCUGAAAGGUCAGCUGAGGUGUUAUCAGAAUCUCAAACUGGAGUUGAGACACCAGUGCUGCAUCAAAGUGAUAGAACUAACGAGGUUCCAUCAGAACCUCAAACUGAUGAAGCUUCUGACAAGUCAACUGAGCAGCCAUUGGAGCCUGAAAAUGAUGCAUCUGUCGAGGAUGAGAAGCCACCGGAAAUCGAAAGUGAUGAUGUGCAUGAUAAACCAUCAGAAAGCACCCCAGAUACUGAAACCCUGCCUCAUAACACUCCAAAGAGUAGCAUAAGCAUUAGCGAAGCUGCAGACGGCAACGUUUCUGAGGAGGCACCACCUCAGAGCAGUGCAUCCAUAGAAACGCCAUCAGAAAGUGCCAUAGCUGUCGAGGAACCAAAACACGACGACGAGGCCAGCAUAAAGCCAUCCGAAGACAGCAGUGCUCUUGAGGAGCCGCCGCAGGACGAUAGCGCCAGCGUGGAGCCAUCAGAGAACACUAUAACUCUUGAGAAGGCAUCAGAGGAAGAUGAGGGAAGUGUAAAGCCAUCAGAAGGCAAUGAUGCUCUUGAGAAAACAUUGGAGGAGGAUGAGGCGAGUGCCAAGCUACCAGAAGACAGUACGACCUUUGAGAAGCCAUCGGAGAAAGAUGAUGCUGGCACCAAGCAGACAGAGGACCCUGUAACUCUUGAGAAGGAACCAGAGGAAGACAAGGGAAGUGUGGAGCCAACACAGGACAAUGCUGGUCUUGAGAAACCGUUGGAGGAAGACGAGGCGAGUGCGAAGCCAUCAGAGGACAGUGUGGUUCUUGAUAAGCCAUCAGUGGAAGAUGAUGACAGCGCCAAGCCAUCAGAGGAUAGCAUGGACCUUGAAAAGCCAGAGGCUCACAAACCAUCAGAGGAAGAAGAUGGCGCGACCAAGUCAUCACCGGAGGAUGCUGCCGUUGAGGAGGCGCCAUUGCAAGGUGACACAGAAACAGCCACUGACAAACCCUCACUAGAAGCAGACACCACAGAAACUGCCUGAGCUGGUUACAGUUAGUUAGCAACAGUACACAGUUUUUAACCCAGAUGGGUGGAUACUACUGUUGAUACUUUGGUUUGCCAUUUUGCUUGUUUUCUUGUUUUGUACAAUGCUUGAGUUGUAAAAUUUGAGGGAAAACAGAAAAGGAACUAUAGGUAUUGAUUUGAUUUGCUCACAAGCAAUAAGCCCCUCCCAAUAUUAGGAGGAGAGCAGCAUUGAGGAUUUGAGCUUUACAUACUUACAAUAUAGAUUUUGCGUGUGGCUUGAUUAAUUUGUUGUACAUCGGAUGAUGUAAAUGAUAUUUAUGCAAAUUACUGUGUGCUUUUGCUCAUUUGUC